UGUCAAUUCUAGCGACUAAACCACACUUCAUUCGUCGUAAUUCAUCUUAAUGAGGAGUAAAGGCUUGUAUUAUAAAAACAUGGUUUAGAAUACUGAUAAAUCCGCCUUAACGUUCUAAUUAAUCAAAAAACAAGAUUAUUGUGGGAAUUGUAAAACAGAAUAAUGUGAAGGAGUCCAUGAAUCAUUCUAAGGUUAAAGGUGAGCAUUAUUUAUCAUUGAAUGGAUCCGAAUAACGAAGUAUAGUAUUUGAUGGUUUCUCUGGAAAUUUUCCAUUCAUGUUUUAAACUUUUGGAGAUGAGCUACCCAUGCCGAGAAAUCUACAAAAUUAUCAGAGAAUUGUUGCUAUAUUAUAUCAACGAAAAUAAUUUUAGAGAAUAUCCUCUCCCCAAUAUCGAAUAUUUUUAGAUAUCACGUAGUAAAUUAUUGCAUAAUGAAAGCCGUGCUCGAUUUUUCUGUCCGCUUAUUCGUUUAAUCCACAAAUCCGAAAACUUCCAAACGCCGUUCAUAUCAGCGACAGAGAACUCACGCGUCUCACAUUGCAAGUUCUUAAAGUUUUCGUCCGUGGUCUUUUUGUUUUGUUUGGAAGUCGUCUUUUCAAUUUACUAAUUACACUUUCAAAGAGAACUCUCGCAUUCAGACGAACUGAAAUUUAACACAAAUCGCUCACAAGUUACAUAGACGUCUUUGUCCUAGCUCUUUCCGCCGCACUCUGAGAUGCACAAAUGCGCCAUUCUGGGCUUUAAACACACGCACACCAACUUGGGUUCCUCAAACCUUCAAAAACCGGACAAUGAGGCACUGUCAUUAUUCGAAUAGGAAUGCUUUAUGAAAGAGUUAUGGCAUGCUUCUGACGUAACUAUCAGGAUUAGUUUUCGAUGAUAAGAUUUUUUAUGCUGAUUAAAUGUCCCACUUCAUGAAUAUUCCAUUUAUCCGUGGGUGCGAAACUUUAAAUGCCCCGAAGGAAUCUCGAUUCUGAAUGCGUCGAUUUCCAUCACCAAGAGAAUCCCAAGUGUUUAUUUCGUCUCUUUCAACAUCGAGUUCUCCGGAGUCAUUGACCUGUAAAUUUUUUUUUCAUAAAAAAUCGAGUUUCAAAUUCAGUGGAUGAACAUAUCUGACCUGUUUCCAGGGGAGGAUGUGUCGUGGCAGCUCGACAGGGAGAAGGAUGAAUUUCAGCCUGGGUCCGGGUCGUAUUUCAAGCAGCUUCGGAUUUUGUCCAGAAGAGCGUUCCUGCUCAUCAUUCGUGACAAAAUUCUUCUGUGGACGCGUCUCGGGGCUCAUGUGUUCAUCGGGAUUGUCCUCGGGUUGAUGUUUCAAGGCAUCGGGAACAACGCAGAACGAGCUUACAACAAUGCCGCGUGUUUGUACUUCAACCACGUCGUGCUAAUUUUUGCAGCCAUGAUGGCGACCGUAUUGACGAUUCCGAUGGAACUGCCCGUUAUCGUUAGGGAGCACAUGAAUUGCUGGUACUCGGUGAAGAUGUAUUUCUUGACGCAGACUCUCAUCGACGUUCCUUUUCAGGUUUUCUUCACGAUCAUCUACCAAUGCAUCACCUAUUUUCUGACGGGACAACCGCCUGUGUUCGAGAGUUUCGCUCUGGUUUCACUUCUUGCCAUCGUUCUCAGCAUUGCCGCUCAAAGUGUUGGAGUUGCAGUUGGAGCAUCAAUUGAUCCUCAGACGGCGGUGUUUAUCGGACCUAUACUGACAGUGCCCAUGCUGCUCUUCUGCGGGUUUCUGAUUUCCAUUAAGAACAUGCCGACUUACAUGCAGUGGAUCCCGUACAUCACUUACUUGAAAUAUGCGUACGAAGGAACGAUGGCCAUUAUUUACCAGAAGGGUCGUGGCGACCUGGACUGUGAACAACCUUAUUGUCACUUUAAAAGUCCAGAGGUUUUCAUGGAAGAACUGGAUCUAACAGAAGCUGUGUAUUGGCCAAAUCUUGCUAUUCUCACUUUGUUUGCGGUCAGCAUGGACAUGGGGCAUGCAUUCGGCAUUGUUUUUUUUGGGGGAGUUUUCACAACGGAGAUAAACUCGCGGGAUUUUCGCCGCGGGUAUGCUUUUCGUCCGCGGCAGGAUGUGGAGGUUGAGCACAGAAGCUGGCGCAUGGACAAAGUUGCAACCAGGGAGGACAGGACCCAGGCCCCUCCCAAGAAUUUCCAGCUCUGUCCCGCUGUCUGGAGAGCCUUGCAGUUCCCCGGAGCGAAGCGACCCCAGUUGGGACCCAGGACAUUCACCAGCCCGGCGGCUCCGGAACACGCUGAACCCUGCGACCGCUAA